AGGUUUAAUUAUGAUAAGUUUUGGUAGGUUUUUGUAAAUAUUUUUUUUCGUUUUCUGGUUUGCAUUAAUAGCUAGAACAUGGAGAAAUUAAUAAGAUUGGCAUUCUUUUUUGUCGCAGCAUGUACAAAGCAGCAUAAUUAUAUAAUAAUGCUCUAAGUUGCUUUUAUUUUUAUUUAACAGAAGACAAAAUUAUAAAUUUUAUGGCUUCUUAAUUAUACUGUAUGUACUAAAAUAUAACUUUUUUCUUUUAAUGAGUGUUUCUUAAUUAUAGGGAAGGUCACUCAACAUAGACAAUUUCAGGUUAGUUUUCUCCUUUGACCCCAUACACAUGCAAAUACAAAGCGUUUUCAUUUUUAGUGCCCUUGAUUUUUGAAAAUUCUAGGGUUUUUGAUGUUAUACUCAUUUUGUCAGAUUUUUUUAAGUACAUUUCCCAAUUCUUCGUACAAAUAUUGUUUAAAAAACGUAUUUUUAUUUGAUUUUGGCUACUUGGGUUUUGAGGUUUUGAGAAUGUGGUUUGAAUUUUUUUCAGUUGGGUUAUUUUUGUCCUUUGAGAAAAAGAAAAGGGUUUUGUUCUUAACACUUGUUUUUGAUCGUUUGAAGGUUUUAGUUUGGUUUCUAAGAAUAAAGGGUUUUCUUUUUCAAGGGUUUAGAGAAUCGAUCUACCUAUUUUUUUUUUUUUUUUGAUAUUUUCUGAUAUGUUUGUAACAAUUCUUUGUACUUCUUUACUGAGAUUUGACCACAGGAUUAGCAUUGACUUUGUUGUAAUCGAUAUCUAUAAAUAUACAUGUAUCUUUUGAUACUGAGAGCAAACUCUAAUGGCUCCGAAUCCAAGAGUUGUUAAUGCUUUUCCGAGCUAUGAGGCGUCUAGGUAUUGAAGAAGGAAAGGUCAAAAGAGUUUUGAAAAAGCUUUUUAAAUUGUAUGACAAGAAUUGGGAACUCAUUGAAGAAGAGAACUAUAGAGCUUUAGCUGAUGCUAUAUUUGAAGAAGAUGAUACCAUUGAGGAGGAGAAGAAAAAAGGAAGUGAUCAUAAUCCUGAACACCAGGACGAUGAUAUGGAUGAAGAAACGCUCGUUAAUGAACCUGUUCGGCCCGAUCGUAUUUUUUUUUUUUAA